AUGAUCGCUCUUGGUGGACUGAGUACGUCGUGUGAGAACCUCAUCAACAGAAAGUUGCCCAAGGAACUGCUACUAAAGAUUUUUUCACAUCUCGACGUGCUCAGUUUAUGCCGAUGUGCGCAGGUAUGUCGAGCAUGGAAUUUGUUGGCACUUGACGGAAGCAAUUGGCAGCGAGUGGACUUGUUUCAGUUCCAGAAAGACAUUAAGGCUUGCGUUGUAGAGAAUUUAGCAAAGCGAUUCGGUAGUUUCCUGAAAGUACUCUGUUUGCGAGGUUGUGAAGGCGUGCAAGACGCUGCGAUCGAGACUUUCGCCAGAAACUGCAGCUUCAUUGAAGAACUGAAUUUGGAAAAAUGCAAACGCUUGACCGAUAGGUUUGAUACUCUCUGUUAUUAAUC